CCCUCUCGGAUUUCAUUCCCUCCAGGCAACCAUGUCUGGGAUUUGUUUAAUUGUCCUCAUCGACUCCAUCACAAGACACGGUUACCACAAAUUCGAAAUAAACAUUGAACAUACCUACCCAAGACGCGCAGUGGCAAGAUGAACAGCGGCCAGACUUCAACGCUCCCAAAGCGCCCAGCCCAGCAGCGCCUUUUACAGGCCCAAACCAUGAACCCUGCAGCUCCAGGCCUCCGUGGCGCCAUGAGGCAUGAGCAUCCUUCUCUGUACCGAGGACACCCAAAAUCAACAAUAUUGGAGCCUAGCCCUUCGCAAGCCCCGUCCUCUCCAUCUGUUCAAUCAGGUGGACAUGGUGGCGAUGCUACCAGGACCUACUUCGAGCACUCCACUGGCAAGCGGAUCAAUACCGAUUCAAUCAUCACCGCAGCUCUCAAGAAGCAGUAUCCCGAGCUCGAGCUCGUCGUGGUCCCACAGUACAGCGAUGAGGGUAUCCUGUGCAAUCUGCUAGCUUUCGCUGGCGCGGGUCACGCCACUUUCACUCGCCUCGAGGACGAGGGCGACCUACCACCGUCGCUUGAAUGGACGGUUUAUCUGCCGCCGGCCCGUCGAAUGGAUGGCAACAAGGGAUACCUGGGCGAGGAUAUCAUCUUCGGCAAGUUUCUCUAUCAGUGGGAAGGAGAGGAGUUCAUCAUCUAUCUGGUUGACGGCCGCGAUGGGGCGGAACCCUAUCCACGGGUGAAGAACUCCUACAUCCUCACGGCGGAUGCCUUCAAAGCUGAGCAACUUGUGCUCGCCGUCGGAUCGUGGACAAGCGACCUGAACAAUGAAGUAUGGGUGUUUGACCAGGGUUCCUUCAUCAAAGAUCGCGAGCUGUGGGAGAGCGCCCAGAAAGCAACAUGGGAUGCCGUCAUCCUCGACGAGGACAUGAAGAAGUCGCUCAUCAACGACCACCUCUCCUUCUUUGAGUCUAGAGAGACGUACGCGAGUCUCGGCGUGCCAUGGAAGCGAGGAAUCAUUUACCAUGGCCCGCCUGGCAACGGUAAGACCAUUAGUAUCAAGGCAACGAUGCACAUGCUGGCCGACAGAACUCCCACUGUUCCAACCGUCUACGUUCGCAGCUUGGAGUCGUGGAUGGGACCCGAAUUUUCUCUUCACAUAAUCUUUGAGAAGGCGAGGGAAUUCGCGCCCUGUUACCUGGUGUUUGAAGACAUUGAUUCCCUCGUCACACCCAUGGUGAGAAGCUACUUCCUAAACGAGGUGGAUGGCCUGAAAGAAAACGACGGCAUCUUCAUCAUCGCCAGCACCAAUCACUUGGAGCUCCUAGACCCGGGCAUCUCCAAACGUCCAUCUCGCUUCGACCGGAAAUACUACUUCCCUGACCCAAACGUCGAUCAGCGAGAGGCAUAUUGCCGCUUCUGGCAGAAGAAGCUCAAGCCGAAUAAGGACAUCGAGUUCCCGGACAAGCUGUGCAAGGCCAUUGCUGAGAUCACGGACAAGUUCAGCUUUGCGUAUAUUCAGGAGGCAUUUGUGGCGACACUGCUAGCAAUUGCCAGGCGGUCUGAGACUAAGGCAACAAGCAGAGGCUCUGCAGAAGCUUGGGUCCUGGUGGGCGAUGAUGAUGGCUCUGCUUUAAGCUUGAACGACGGCGACUUGGACAAACUGGAGCUCUGGGUUGAGAUUAAGAAGCAAAUCAAGUUCCUCCGCGAGGGCAUUGAGGACGAAUGAGAAUGCAGCACAUGACGGGGAGGGGGUAGGGUUCUGCCUGGUAUUGUCUAGAGGUUGUAAGAGUGCUCUCCUAAAUGUUAGGCUCGGUGAGGUGGGACGCUCCUUGAGGUGGCACUUGAGGUCUUGCAUAUUUAAGCUAGAAUCCUAAUGCUUUUCUCUCAACACCUGCUUAUCAAACAUAAACAAGUUCCCCC